AUGGAGUCCUACUCCUACGCGAACGGGGCCAAAUUUGAUUGCUUGCUGUUUGACAUGGAUGAAACCCUCUACCCACUGAGCUUAGGGAUCAACAUAGCCUGCCGCAAGAACAUCCAAGUUCAAAAUAUAUAUGCAAGAUGUUUGGGAGCUCCACGCCGUCACCCGCCGGCGCACCUCUGCCUCUCCAUGGGCAGUGGAUCCUCCACCGCAGGUCAACCUCAUGGCAGCAGGCAGUUCGACGCUCUCUGUCGUGCUAUGUUCAACGCUCCCUUGAGCUCCACUAGAACUACUUUUCGGCCGCGUCUGCACCUCUGA